AUGGUAUUCGGCAAGGUGGUACAUGUUGCGGUAGAUGCAGUUUUGGUGUCUGCUGUCUUGGCCGGCAUAAAACGUUCAAGCGGUCUAUCGCUCGUCACAAGCAAUAUCGAAAACCAAGAUCUUCGAAAAGCCGUUGACAAAUUUCUCGAUGUAGGCGAAUGGGUGGUAGAUCAGGGUACAAUGGUCAUGAAAUCUUCGCAAUAUUUUGAACGAAAAGGGCAAGUUGACACAAACCAGUAG